ACGAUCAUGUGUUUAAUCUGUGUUGUUAAAGCCAAAUUUGUUGAUAGGUUAGGUUACUUGUUAUAAAUAAUUUGUUAACCUUUUAUUACAAUGAAUUUGAAAUUGUAAUAUUUUGAAUAAAUAUUAUAUUAUUAUAAUAUGGGUCUCACAAAGCAAUAUUUACGAUACGCACCUAGCGGAACAUUUAAUAUAAUCGCUAGUGCUGAAUGCAACAGUACUCACGUGUCAUUAAAAGGUAUUAGUGGAAGAUAUAUCGCUGUAGGAGCUUGUGAACAUGUUAUUAUUUGGGACAUGAGACUUGGAGAAAAGGCUCAAGUACUUCCUGGUGAAAAUAUAGUAGUAUCACAAAUCUGUGCAAGCCCUACUGGGAACCACAUGGCAGUAGGUUAUAUAGAUGGCAAUAUCAAUGUGUUUGAUCUCAUCAACAAUGAAGUUCUGUGUGUAUUCUCAGGUCAUAACUCAGCUAUUACAUGCUUGCAAUAUGAUGAGCAAGGGCACAGAUUAGUGUCUGGCUCUAAGGACACAGAAGUGAUCCUUUGGGACAUAGUUGCAGAGACAGGUAUAGCGAGGUUCAGUGGUCAUAAAGGUGCAGUCACCAGUGUAUCAUUUAUUAAUGGAAAGAACUGCAUAGUGAGUUCUUCCAAAGACACCUUUGUUAAGUUCUGGGACAUUGAGACAAAGCAUUGCUUCAAGACUUUAGGAGGGCAUCAAAUGGAGGUAUGGUCAGCAGUAUUAAUAAAAGAAGAGAGAUAUUUAGUAACAGGCAGUAUGGAUCAAGAGCUGCGUGUGUGGAAGUUAAAUUGGACUAGUGAUGUGAAAGAUGAAGAUAAACUAUCUCGACAACUAGAGAUUGUGAAAAUUGAAGAAUCUGACGAUACUGAAGAUAGUUCAGUGCUUCAGUGUCAUCAAGUAGGUACAUUAGUGCGUGGAGGCAAAGGUCGCGUAGUCGGGCUUAAUACAGAUCCUGGACAGACCAUAUUAUCUUGUUAUGGAACAGAUUCAUUAUUGGAGCUUUUUGUUUUCUGUACUGAUGAAGAAGCAAAAGUAAGAAUGAAUAAACGGAUAAAAAAACAGAGGAAAAAGCUGUUAAAAUUAAAAGAAAGUGGUGAAGUAGAUAUAGAUACAACAGAAGUACCAGAAUUGCUUACAUUGACAGAUGAAGUACGUAGGUUGGCUUCAGUAAAGUUAGGCACUAAAUUGAAAUCGACCACUUUACUAUUGGGUACCACAGGAGAGCUCCGUGUAGGCGUUACACUAGCUAAUAACACAGUUGAAUUACAUAGUUUGAAAAUGGAAGAUGGAAAUGAAGUGAAAUGUUUGAAACAAAUUACACAACCUGGUCAUCAAAAGGAGCCCCGCUGCGUGGCUAUUAGUUCAGAUAAUUUAGCUAUAUUAUCGGCCUCUGCAGAUUCCGUUAAACUUUGGAAUAGAGCGAACCAGACGUGCCUGCGCACGAUCCCGGUGUCGUGCGGCGGCGCGAGCUGCGCGGUGUUCGCGCCGGGCGACCGGCACGCGCUGGUGGGCGGCGGCGACGGCUCGCUGCUGCUGCUCGACGCGGCCGCCGCGCGCCUGCUCGAGCGCGUGCCCGCGCACGCCGCCGCCUGCGCCGCGAUCGGCCUCACGCCCGACAAGCUCGGCUGUUUCACCGGCGGAGCAGAUAAAACAGUCAAAUUAUGGCGGUUUGAACUUAUACCAGAUCCAACGGGUGAAUCUAAAGCUAAGGUAUUAUCGGUUCUACACACGCGGACGUUAGAAUUGGAAGAACCUGUGCUAGCAGUUCAAAUUAGUCCCAAUAAUAAAUUCAUAGCUGUUGGACUUUUAGAUUGUACAGUUAAAAUAUUCUUCCUUGAUACUUUUAAGUUUUACUUAUCUCUAUAUGGACAUAAGCUGCCUGUUCUAUGCCUGGACAUUAGUUACGAUUCAAACAUCAUCGCAACUGGCUCCACUGACCGAAACGUCAAAAUCUGGGGGAUGGAUUUUGGCGACUGCCACAAAUCAAUCUUCGCUCACAAUGAUUCAGUGACAGCUUUACAGUUUAUUCCGAACACACACUACUUCUUCACGGGCUCGAAGGAUGGAAAGGUGAAGCAGUGGGAUGCGGAUAGUUAUGAUAAUAUUAUUACUUUAAAUGGUCACGCGGGCGCGUGCUGGGGCGUGUGCGCGGGCGCAGGUGGACUGGUGGCGGCCUCGUGCGGGGCCGACCGCGCCCUGCGCCUCUACACGCGCACGGACGAGCCGCUCGUGCUGGGCGACACAGAGGAGGAAGACGUCGGACUCGCCACUGGACCCGACCGGGCUCCAGUACCCGGUCUGCCAGGUCUAACGAUGCCCACUAAAAAAACAAUAGGAGCCGAAAAAGCUGCGGACUCGAUAAUGGAAUGCCUGUCGGUGGGCGCGGAGUACAAGCGCGAGGUGAAGGAAGCGCGGGGCCACCCUGUACCACCGCCGUUACUCAUGACCGCCUACGGCUGCUCUACACCUGAGGACUUCUUCGUCGAAACUAUCAAGAGAAUACGAUCGACCGAUUUAGAGGAAGCGCUCCUACUGCUACCGUUUAACACGGCGUGCGAGAUCAUCCGCUUGCUACCGAAACUUUUGGAUCGCGGAGACCACGCGGAAAUGUUCUGCAGACUUGCGAUCUUCCUCCUGCGGGUGCACCACGCGCCUAUUAUCGCCAACCAGGCCCUGUUCAAGCACAUGAUACAGAUACAAGCGAAGGCCAAUAUGAGGCUUAACGAAUUAAGGGAUAUGGUGGGGUGCAACGUCCAUGCACUGCAGUGGGCGCGGCGCGAAGCGGAAGCACGCGGCCAGGAGUCGACGUUCCGCGUCGCCACUACUCCCGCCGCCGCCCGUUCCGUACGCCGUCGCCGCACUCUCAAGCGGCCCAUACUCGCUGUUACAUAAUAGUUACCUAAUAAAUGUUUAUUAUAAUGUUGG